AUGGCCGUUCGUGAAGAGAUUCCCCUGCUUCUGUUUGUUAUUCUUACGGUCUUCUGCAUCAGCUCAAAAGAAAAGCUAAUAAUGAGUGAAACCAGUGAGACAUUCAUCAUCAGUAAAGUUACUGCAGAGGACAAAGGAUCUUACCAGUGCCGGGCUGAUAAUGGAAUAAAAACAGCUAAAUCAGAUGACCUCUGGAUUUCUGUAAUGCAUUCACCAAGAAACAUCAAAAUAGAGGGAGUGACCUCUGUAAAAGUGGGCACUCCACUGACUUUGACGUGCUCUGCUGAUAGUGACCCUCCACCACACAUGUACACAUGGAAGCACAAACCUGGACUGUCUUCUGUCCCAUUAUCAAUGGAAACUGGACAGUUAUACAUUAAGAAAAUGACCAUUCAACAUGCAGGGCAGUACACUUGUGAUGUUACCAACACUAUUGGCACAGGAUCACACACCAUUAAAGUUGAUGUGCUUUAUCCUCCAUCUAAUCUCAGUUUGAUCACGAAGAAGGAAGUGAGAGAGUUUGAAGUGGUCUCCAUUAUCUGCACGGUUCAAAGCUGUCCUGACUCACACCUCACAGUGACAGGACCUCAGGGUGAUCUGAAAGAUAUUCAGAACAAUCGAAGGAACAGCACUGCAUCUGCAAACAUGUUGACUGUCUACAUGAAUGUCUCUGAGUCAGAUGCAGGAAUGUACACAUGCAAAGCAAAAAAUUCAGAGGGAGAUCGAGAAACUAAACAAGAGCUAAUUGUGUUGCAUGCACUUAAAAAUGUGAGUGUAAGUUCUAAAGGAGAACAAACAUUUGGGAGUGAGCUGACCCUUACAUGUGAGGCUCACUCCAAAUCUGCUCCAUCCUCAUAUGAGUGGAAGAAACGCUUUAAUGGACAGUUAAAGACAGUUGGACAUGAACAGAUACUGCACUUCUAUUUUCUGGAAAUCACUGAUUCUGGUCUGUACGUCUGUAUUGCUCAUAAUUCCAUUGGAAAAACAGAAUCCCCAUCUGUAGAGAUCAAGGUCAAGUAUGCUCCAAACAUAAAUAUAGUCCAUAACAUGACAAUCUUUACUCAGUGGAACUGGAAGCUUCCAGUCUGUCUGGCCUGCAGUGCAGAUGCGUAUCCACCUGCCACUGACUACAAAUGGUUCAUACAGGGGGACAACACAAAAGUAGUGUCACAACAGCAGAACUUCACUGUUUGGCCUCAGAACCCAGGAAUGUAUUACUGUACAGCAGUCAACGCUAUCGGAAAAUCACGAUCCGAGCACAUCGUGUUAUUUAUCAGCAGCAACAUUCUCAUGCUCUAUCACAUCAUCUUUCUCCUGCUGAUUCUCACUGGUGCGGCCAUCUUCCUGAUACGCAGGUUCAUCAUCAAGGCAAGAUUUGAUCAACAAAGUGAAUCAGAUCCUUUCUACCUUUUCCAGUUAAUCCCAUCUGAAACUACUUCUACUGUAUGUUACUAUGGAACUGUCAGCACAAAUAGCGGCAAACAAUGUACUGAUGCAGAAGUCCAAACCAUAGCAUCUGAAAAUAAAACGUCAAAGAAUUCCCAAAGAGAGGAACCUGAUUAUGAGGAUGUCAGUGCUGCUUGUGCUCCACCACCUUCAUAGACUGAUUCCGAUACCAUGGAAAAGGAAGUGAAUUAUGCCACUGUCUUUGCCCACUUUGUUUUUAUCUUAAUUUUUUCUGAUAUACAUGACUAUAUAUAUUUACAUAGAGGCGCCAUUAUGGGUGCAGAGUAUGUCUGGCACAUAGACUCACAAGGAUGC